AUGUUCGUUUCGUUAAAAAAACGAAUAGUUUCAACAAGGCAAUCAAUUCGUGCACCCGUAUUUGGUGAACCGAGAGACUUUUGUAAAACGUUACUUCCUUGUGACGUUAUGCGUUAUUUUCUAUUUGUACAAAACGGUCUAAAUGCAGAAAAUGGUGACGUUAAAAACAAAACAGUGGCCGAAAUUGUAGAAAUUGUAGAAAAGGUACAACAAAUUUUGUGUAAAGCUAGCUUGCCAACCAUAUCAAAUCAACAGUGUAUUGCAUUACUUAAAAAAUAUCAGAAACAAUUUAUGGACAUUAAAAAAUCGAUAAAAAGACAAGAGAAGCUGCAAAAAAUAAACUAG